CGCUGGCGCAAGGUCAAGUCGAGGCUUCCUCCCGCGUUCKUUCUUUCUCUCCAUCUUUCUUCGAGGCUGAUCAUGGGAGCCUACAAGUACCUUGAAGAACUCCACAAGAAGAAGCAGUCUGAUCUGCUAAGGUUCUUGUUAAGAAUCAGGUGUUGGCAAUACCGUCAGCUUAGUGCCAUCCACCGUGCCUCAAGACCCACACGACCAGACAAAGCUCGUCGUCUCGGAUAUAAAGCUAAGCAGGGUUAUGUUGUCUACCGUGUCCGUGUUCGUCGUGGUGGACGUAAGAGGCCAGUUCCCAAGGGAGCAACAUAUGGUAAACCAACUAAUAUGGGUGUCAAUCAGCUGAAGUUCCAAAGGAGCUUGCGAUCAGUUGCAGAGGAGCGUGCAGGUCGUUAUUGCAGUGGCCUGAGAGUACUUAACUCAUACUGGGUUGGACAGGACUCUGUUUACAAGUAUUUUGAGGUUAUCAUGGUUGAUCCCUUCCAUAAAGCUGUCCGUCGUGAUCCCCGCAUCAACUGGAUCUGCCGUCCAGUCCACAAGCACCGWGAAUUGCGUGGUUUGACUGCAGCAGGUCGCAAGAACCGUGGUAUGCGCAAGGGUCAUGGUUAUAACAAGGUUAUCGGCAGCUCUAGAAGAGCUAAUUGGAAGAAACACAAUUCAUUGCAACUCAGACGAUAUCGUUGAUACCAAAAAUAAAACAUAUUUGCUUCA